AUGUCCACCUCGAUGACCGCUCAGAGCCUACCCCCCACGCAAAACACGCUCGACAGGGAACAGCGCUCGCGCCUCCUCCGCUCAGCCCGCAAGCUCGAGGCUGUCCUCGGUGCUACGCCCUACCUCCUCGAGUCCUACCUCCUCGAAUCCCAACCCGAUAUCGCCGCAGCACCCUCAGAUAACGGCUCAGACGCGACGCUCGUUGUCGUUGCUGCUCCCACUUUUACCCCUUCGCCUUCGCCUUCGCCUUCCACCCACCACUCCCAGAGCAAGCCCCGAUCCCACACACGCAGCCGCCCCGCAACGCCCCAGCCCCCCGCCGGCCCCCGGCGCCCUAACACCAACAAAACUUCUUCCCGCCAAGGGAGAAUCUCCCCCUCGUCCAGCGUGUCGAGCUUCGACCCCGCAGAGCCCGAAUACGUCUUCGUAGACUGCCGCUCGCGUGCCGCACCAUACACCGUGCAGUUCGUGCCCGAUCCGAACGAGGACUACUCAGAGUCCUCGGCGUACUCGACACCGGCGUCUUCGAGGUGCCCGUCGCCUAUGCCCAUGCCCAAGAAGGAAUUGAAGAGCUCCUCGGCCCCGCUUGCUGUCGCGUUGGACCUCCCGGCGGUCCGCCACACGCACACUCACACACGCACCAUUAGCACAAGCUCCAACAAGAAAGCCAAGGGCCCACAGGCUCUCGCACAGCCCCUCCUCCUCCGCCUUAGGUCCGUGCCCAUCAGUACUCUACCCCCGCAUGCGGCUUUGAAUUUGAGGAAGGGCGUUUCCGCGGACGAGACGUGUCACGGUCCCUUGACGACCGAGGACGGGGGUUUGGGUUUAAAGACGGAAGACUCGGAGAAGGGCAUCUGCAGUGCACCCGCGAAGGUCAAGCCAUCCACAGAGAAGAAACCGCUCUCGCCUGUGUCGUCGACGUUCAACAUCACCGCUAGCAAGCACUCUUCCUCGUCCAAUUCCUCGAGUUCGUGCUCGACGAUCUCAGGCUCGACGAUCACACACUCUACCAUAACGCACCACCACCCCUCGCGCCUCCCCAGGCGGUUCAGUGUCUCUUCUUAUUCCGCGUCUGCGUACUCCCAGCCUUCUUACUCCCACUCAACGGCGAAUCGCCACGCCAACUCGUACCUCAUGGACCUCCCAAGCCCUACACCCUCCUUCACCUCUGCCCUCUCCUCCUUCGACCACCCACCGCUCUCACCGAUGAUCGCGGCGCUGGACAUCCCUUCGUCGCCUUCCUCUCCCUCAUUCACACAUCCUACACGCCACAAGAAGGGCCCGAACAGCCGCUCCUUGACCGACCGCGAGAAGCGCCGGAAGAUGGCCAAAGAUGGCCAAAAGGGCCCGAACAGCCGCUCCUUGACCGACCGCGAGAAGCGCCGGAAGAUGGCCAAGUUGCAACGGACGCUGGGGGAGAAUGUCCCUCCCGAGCUGGUGUUUCGGGCUGUCGUUGGUGGCUCUUCUUCCGCUCCUGCUUCUUCCUCUGCUUCCACAGCGAACGCCAACUCAGCUUCGUCGUCGUCGUCGUCUUCUGUCAAAACCACCGACAAAACCACCGCCUCUGCCUCUGCUUCCGCAACGGUCCUCACGAACCCAGCCAAACGCACCUCAUCCCUAUCUAUGGCCGUUCCAAGACCGAGGGCCAUCGAUGUGUUUGCGGCGCAGUACCAGAGACAUCAGGCUAGUCGGUCGAUGGUCAUGGGUGGUGGUGUUGGGAUGCCGCUUGCGGUGGCGGAGGCGCCUGUGCCUGCACCUUCGUCCACUCAGCCCGAGGCUGUGGCGACGACGCCGGCGAGUAAGGUGAUCGAGAAGUUGAGGGAACGCACGAUCAGCGAGCGGACGAAGAGUUCGUCGGGCAAUUGCAGUACGAGUGCGAGUGGGUCGAGCACAGCGAGCAGUGGGAGUACGACGGCGACCGGAGGAGAAAGGAGAAAGAAGCACAGGCCCAGAAGCCUGACUCUGGGCAGCGCGUCGGCGUUCGUUGGGGCAGAGAGUGCCAUCGCUGCGUCGAAGGCUAGUGAUAGGAAGGGCAAGAGCAAGAUGAAGGCGUUGCCUAACUCCCCUAUGCAUUCCCUGUCGCAGUCCCAGACUCAGUCCCAAAGUCAGGCGGAACGACAGACCCAAGCAGAAAGACAAGCAGAGCGAAACCGCCUCUUCCCGUCAAGAGGCACCGUUUCCCUCGACUCGGAGCGCUCGAUCGCGACUACGACCGCGACAGACGAUCGAGAGGUGCCGUUCGCCGCCGUGGGGCGCCGGAUGGACUCUUACCCACUUCCUGGGGAUGGGAAGGAGGAUGCCCAUGCGAAUGCGAAUGUGAAUGUGAAUGGACAAUUGACGGUGGAGUGGGGACGGAGGAAGGAGAGGGAAUGGAGUGGGGAGUGGAAUAAGCGGGAUAUGGAGGAGGUGGCGAGGGCGUUGAGGGGGUUGAAGGCGCACUAA